AUGGAGAACUACGAGAACAUUGCAGCUCAAGCAGCACAGGCUUGCGCGAUAUCUGUCGACGACAUUGAGUAUGUCCACCGUGUCAGCCCGAUACAGGAAGGCUUAUGGGCAGCCAGCACGCCGGAACAUGCCGCAUAUACCUACGAACUCGUGAUCGAGGGCAAAGCUGAUGCAGGAAAUAAGUUCAAGGCUGCAUGGCAGGAUCUGGUGGAUGUUACACCGAUGCUCCGGAGCUGUAUGUUGGUAUUGGGACCGUCGUGUCAUCUAUUCCAAGUUGUGUUGCGUGCAACCAGUCCAUGUGCAGGUCGCAUCUACUCACCAGACGACAGCCCUAUGCACCUGGGGCAACUUGACCACACUGGACUUGCACAACUAUAUUUUUCAAACUCGUCAUCCUCUGCUGAGGAACACACCUUCCAGGCAGUCCUCAAAAUCCACCAUGCUUUAUUCGACGGCUGGGCCAUGCGCCUAGUCCUGGACAAGCUUCGGAAGGCCUACCGCGGCGAGGCCUUGGCCGGUCCGCCCAAGUUUCAGCAGUUCAUCGACUACAUCUACGCUCUGAACAGGGACAGCGAAAAGACCGGAGCCGCAUCUGAUUUCUGGCGAUCCAGAAUGGCCGACUGCAGGGCGGCAGACAUUGUGGACCGCAUCCCCGGCCUGAACGCAAUGACAGACUCCACUACGACUUUCGGAAGCCCACAAACAUUCCAGAGCACCACGGGGUCUUUCACCCUCUCCGUAAUGGCCUACGCCGCCUGGGGCAUUCUGGCCGGCGCAUAUGCCGCAACAGACAACGUCCUCUUCGCGACGAUGCUCUCGGGUCGCGACGUCCCGGUCGAAGGCGCGCUCGACAUGGCAGGGCCGACUAUGGCGGCAGUGCCGUUCCACAUCCGCGCCGGGCGCGACCAGUCGGUCGCCGCCGUCCUGGAUCAGAUCAAGGGUGAUUUGCACAUUGCUGUUGCGAACCAGCACGUGGGGUUGGCCAGGAUCUGCCGUGACUACGGGGGAUUCCCGAGCUCGCAGUUGCAGACGAUGCUUCUCUGCCAGCCGGCGCAUCUCGAUGUUGUGGGACUACAGUCAGACGCCGGCUUAGGCAGCCCUGAUUGGAAGGUGACUGGGCAUGGAGGUGAAGCGCACCCAUAUGCUCUGGUGGUCGAGUGUUGGCUUCCUCGUGAUUGUGGCCCAUUGCGACUGACAGCCUACCACGAUUCGAGGCUCCUCAGCUCGUCCCAGGCAGAAAUGCUGCUAAGGCAGUUGUCCGAACUUACUUACAAAAUCCAAAGCUGCGUGGAUGAGCCCGCCGGGUCUCGGUCUCUCGUGGGAGACAUCUGCCUCUCCAGCUCAGGCGAUGUGCAAGCGUUGGCGCGGUUCAACGCGGAGCGCCCACCACCUGUUGACCGUUGCAUCCACGACCUAUUUAUGGAAACUACGAAAGUUCACUCGAACUCUAUCGCUGUAGAUGCUUGGGACGAGAAAUUCAGCUACAGCCGCCUCGACGAGCUGUCAGACAGGCUGGCGCAGAGCCUGACACGCCUUGGAGUUGGACCCGAGAAAACAGUGCUUGUGUUCUUUCCCAAAUCGGCAUGGGUUGUUGUCGCCAUGCUGGCAAUACUCAAAGCCGGGGGGGCCUUCGUGCCCGUAGAUCCCGCUCAACCGGAUGGUCGCAUCAAGGAUAUGGCACGCAUAUCAACGUGCCAGAUCGCUAUUUCACACCCAUCUCUCACGGCUCGCCUCGAAAAGGUGAUUGGAUCGCAGUGUAUUAUGCUGGAAAUAAGCCACGCGGCCCUCGCAGCCGUCGAGCCCCCACCGGCGUUGCUCACAUCAAGCCACAUUGCCGCCAGCCCGUCGAGCCUAGCCUAUAUCCUCUUUACCAGCGGCACAACGGGCGUCCCCAAGGGCGUGGCUGUCGAGCACCGUGCAGUAGCCUCGAGCAUAACCUGCCGCUCCUGUCCCGAUGCCAUGAACAUGACCUCGUCAUCCCGAGUCCUGCAGUUCUCAUCAUACUGCUUCGACGCCUUCAUCGACGAAGUAUUCAUGACACUCACGCGCGGUGCGUGCAUCUGCGUCCCUCAUACGGACGAGCUCCUCGGGGGUCUGGCCGAUGCCAUUGACCGCUACAAGAUAACCUGGUCCAUGAUCACACCCUCCGUAGCCCGCGUUCUCAACCCCAAGCGCACGCCGACGCUCCAGACGCUGAUACUGAUCGGCGAGGCCGCCGUGACAGCCGACAUCGAGCAGUGGCGAGGUCAUGUGCCGCAGCUGCGCAACGGAUACGGCCCCACCGAGACCUGCGUUAUCUGCGUCGUGGGAGACUACUUCUCGGAGAGGCGCUACACCGCUGGCACGUCGCUCCUCGGAACGCCUCGAGGCUGCCUGGCGUGGGUUGUAGACCCGACGAAUCCGAACCGCCUGACGCCUAUUGGCGCGGCCGGAGAGCUGCUUAUCGAAGGGCCAAAUCUUGGGCGUGGGUAUUGGGGAGAUGCCGCUGGGACUGCGGCGUCUUGGAUCAGUGGUCUUGACUGGCCUGGUGGCCUGGGCCAUGAACGACGACUGUACCGUACGGGAGAUCUGGUUCGCAUGCGGCCGAAUGGAUCCCUCAUUUACAUGGGUCGUAUCGGAGGAGACUCGCAGGCAAAGCUUCGCGGCCAACGCUUUGAACUGCUCGAGGUGGAGCAGAAUGUACGCCAUGUUUUACCAUCGAUACAGCAGGUGACAGCCGUGGUCUUCACGCCUUCCGAGACAGGGCUUGAAGAAAAGAGGCUUGCCGUAUUGUUCGUCAAUCAUGUCCGGUACAAGUCUACCAUCCGCGCUGAUCAAGACGUCAAUACCAAAGACGUGGCAUGGGGCGAAGUGCUCCCCGAGCAACUCCAACAGGAGCUACUCGAGGCUCGGCGCCUUUUAGAGACCAACCUGCCGUCAUAUAUGAUCCCGUCCCACUGGAUCCAUAUGCAAGAGAUGCCCCGCACCGUGUCAGGUAAAGCUGACCGGAAGACGAUGACGCGAUGGCUGCAAAGCCUCACCCCCCAACAACUCGGCUUCUUCUUGCUAGACCGAGCGUCAAGAGCACCAAGGGCUGCAGCGUCUUGCAAGGAGGAGGCACUUGUAAAGCUCUGGACUAAAGUCCUAGGAAUCAAAGAGGACGAGAUCAGCGUGGAUGCCGACUUCAUAUUCCUGGGCGGUGACUCGAUCAAAGCCAUGCGGCUAGCGGCUGCGUCUCGGUCCCAUGGCAUCACUGGUCUCUCCACCACUGCGAUACUGCAAUUCGGAACCAUCGAGGCGUUGGCGAAAGAAAUAAGGCUUCGUGGGGUCGACCGUCCGAGCGGUGAAGCCGAGGACCCUCUGCCGGCUCCGUUCUCCCUUCUCCGCUUGGUUGGGCAGUCAGCCGCAGACGCAGUCAUUGACGCCGCCAGAGCAUGCCAGGUAGCGCCGUCAGCUAUUCAAGAUUUGUACCCGGUGACCCCCUUCCAGAAGAGCCUGUUCACUGCUAGCCUGAACAGCACAAAUGCGUACCGGGGUCUGUUUGUUUACAAGCUUCGGCACGAUGUCAAUGUGCAGAGACUGCAGGACGCUUGGUCUGCUCUGGCAAGCGCCACACCGAUCAUUCGGACUCGCCUGUAUACGACACCCGCGGGAUUCUUCCAAGCAGUGGUCCAAAACGCCGUCACCUGCAACGUCGUGUCGUCAAGUCUGGAUGAUCAUCUCUUCAUGGAGCGAGAGGCGUCACGGGCUAUCACCUUUGGAUCUCCUCUAUACCGUGCUUCCAUCCUUCAGGAUGUCAGGGAGGGUUGGCUUCAGAGUUACUUCGUAUUGAAUGCGCAUCAUGCUGUGUAUGAUGCAUGGUCUCUUUCCGGCCUUACCCAUCAACUCAAAACGCUGUACAAUAACCGCCCACAGGAGCACGACCAGACCCACCCUUCCGCGAAUCAAUACGUGCGCUUUGUAGACCAUGUACUGCGCGCUGAAAGGAGUUUAGCUCAAUCUUUCUGGAGGGAGUAUCUCACAGGGGACCCGUUCACGCAGUUCCCACAUACCAAGGUCUCCCCUUCCCAGUGGUUGCCAACCACCGAUGCGACCACCGAACACGCGUUCUCCUUCCGCGGACGACACACCAGAGCGUCUGUCGCCCUGUACGCCGCAUGGAGCCAGCUCGCAGCCAUAUACGGCGGUACCGACGAUGUUGUGUUCGGCAUCGUCACCACAGGUAGAGACAUCCCGACGCUCCCUCACAGCGUGGACAUCGUGGGCCCCAUGGCGGCUACGGUGCCACUACGCAUCCACGUGCCUACGGGGCGGGACACGCCGGUGUCAGCCCUGUUUGACGAGGUGCAGAAGGCGAUCGCCGAGGUGACUCCGUACGAGCAUUGCGGGAUGAAUGAGAUCCGCAAGGCCAGCGCCGCGGCGGCGGCUGCUUGUGGCUUCCACAGCCUGCUGGUCGUGCAGGCAACAUCGACCGUAUUGGGGAAGCACGAGCGCGUUGAUGACCCGGUGGUAUCCGAACGGGACGCUGGAGCGAACAUCCACCCGUAUCCCCUGGUUCUGGAGGCGACGGUGCGUGAGAAUAUGGGCGACGUCAACGUGGUGGCGCACUACGACUCCACGCUCUUGGAUGGGGCAACAGUCCAGCGCCUGCUAGAGCAGCUAGGCCAUCUCGUCCAGGAGAUGGUAUGGCUCGCUGGAAGCUGCGGAACAUUGGGCCAGGUGGAUCUGCUCAGCCCCAGCGACAGGGCCAGCAUCUGGGGGUGGAACAGUGAGCCGAUGGUCGUGGUCCCCGUCCAGCGUCGCGUGCACGACAUCAUUGCCGAGCAGACAUUGCUCCGUCCAGACAAAACUGCCGUUUUCGCGUGGGAUAAGGAGCUCACAUAUACUGACCUAGAACGUCUGUCGUCGGCUCUAGCUGGGGUACUGUCUGGUCGUGGUGUGAAGACUGGUCAAUUUGUCCCCAUAUGCCACGAGAUGUCGGCAUGGUCAGUGGUUGCCCAGGUCGCCGUCCUGAAGGCCGGUGCUGCUUGUGUCUCCCUGGACCCGAGUUACCCAGAAGCUCGAAAUGCUGAAAUUGUGGCCCAAUGCGACGCCUCAGUCGGCAUCGUGUCCAGCACAACCGAGCCGCUGUUCUCCAAGUCUUCACUGACCCUGCUGGUUGCCGAGUUCCACUCGCAGUCACCAUCUCCGCCUCCAGCUACUAGUUUGGUUCCAGAUCAGCCUGGAGAGGUCGCCACUCCUGUCAGCCCGGCAUAUUGCGUCUUCACCAGCGGUUCGACCGGAAAGCCCAAGGGAAUCAUCAUCGAGCAUGCCGCAUUGUGCACCUCGGCACAGCACUAUGGUGCAGCGAUGCGGCUUUGCCCCACGUCUCGUGUGCUGCAAUUCGCAUCGUGCGCUUUUGACGUGAGCGUUGGUGAGACUUUGACCACCCUCAUGCAUGGCGGCACCGUUUGUGUGGCCCGCGAAGACGAUAGGCUGGCUGACCUGGCUGGAUGCAUCACACGCCUACAAGUCAACUGGCUCUAUCUGACCUCGGCGGUUGCAUCAAUGUUGCAACCGAGUGAUGUUCCGAGACUAGAGACUCUGGUUGUCGGAGGCGAAGCUGUACAUCAGCAAGUCGUCGAGACGUGGGCUGAGAGCCAUGUGACACUGAUUAACGCAUACGGCCCGGCCGAGACUACAAUCUACUGUUCCGCCCGCAUCGUCUCAACCAAGGACACCGACGCCCGUGACAUCGGUACCGCGCUGGGCUGCCGGAUGUGGAUCGGCUGGGCCCCGGGGCAAGACGACAGCAACCUUCGGCUCGCUCCUCUCGGCGCCACGGGCGAGCUUCUCAUCGAAGGCCCGAUUGUCGCCCGCGGGUAUCUCGGUCUUCCUGACUUGAACGCUACGAAGUUCGUUGGCAUGCCCUGGCUCCGGCCAGAUCGCAAGGUGUACCGGACGGGAGAUCUUGCUUCCCAGGAUGCACAGGGCCAUUUCCAUUUCCGUGGACGCCGCGACAAUGGGCUGGUCAAGAUCAAUGGGCAGCGGCUGGAUCUAGGCGAGGUCACUACCGUCCUUGCGAGCUCACGCGGUGAUAUACGACAGGCGGCGGCGGUUACCUUUCAACGUCAGGGUGUCGCGGAUUCGCCGCCGAGUCACCCGGCCGUCCGCCUGGCCGCUUUCAUCGUCUUGUCCGACACGGCCUCUGCUCUCGGGUCUGUUAACAUCACGCGCCUUUCUCCUCUUGCGAUGACCCAUGGGUUGCGGGAGCGAAUCUUGGACAUUAAGAAACAUCUUCAAACAUUGCUCCCGAAACACAUGAUCCCAUCUGUAUUUGUACCGGUGUCCGCUCUCCCGAAGACUAGGACGCUGAAGAUAGAUUUGAAGGCUAUGGCCAAGAUGAUGGAAACUAUGACCGAGGCAGACCUUCAAAGCCUCUCAUUGUCCUUGCGCGCAGACAUAUCAGAAGGUACGGCAUACAAAGCGCCUCGCAAUGCUAUGGAGUCAACAAUACUGCAACACUGGACCAAGGCCCUGGGCUUGUGUGAGAAGACCACACCCGCCGGCGUCGACGACAACUUCUUCGAACUUGGUGGCGACUCGAUCACUGCAAUGCACUUCACCUGGCUUGCACGAGGGGACGGUCUGCACCUUUCCGUGCGAGACAUUUAUGCCCACCCUUCAGUCUCCGACCUGGCCGGCCUUCUGGCCACACGAUGCCCCGAGGGGUCACCAGAACAGAAAGCAGAUGACCCCCCCCUGCCAUUUUCUCUCGUGUCUGCUGGCGAGAAGGAAGCGGUGCUCAGCGAGGUUCGCGAGCUGGGACUUGGUGCCACCGACGUGGAGGACAUUUACGCCGCCACCGUUACACAACGUGGGCUCCUUCUGGAAACAGAGACAAGCAAAGACCUGUGGGUCUCAAAGGAUGUCUUUGAGUUCGAAGCCGACGUGGAUCCCGAAAGGCUGCGAGUCGCCUGGGAGCGCCUCGUCGAGCUCAAUCCCAUCUUCCGGACCCGUAUUGUGCAUGCCGCGGCUGUGGGAGGUGUCGCCCAGGCCUACCAAGUUGUCCUACGUCCUGGGAAAGUAUGGGGGGAUGGAUCGCAGGCAGAGGAGUGUAGAUUUGGUUUUGGCCACCCGUUGUCAUAUCAACGGAUCCAGAGUAACCGAUUCGAGUGGAUCCGCCACCAUUCUCUGUAUGACGGCUGGGCCACCAACCUCGUUCUGCACCAAUUUGAACACCUAUAUAGAACCGGUGGCCCAGACAAGCGGCUGGUUCUGCCCCCUUCAUGCUACAUCCGCAUGUUGCAACGCCACGAUGCAGAAACAGCCAAGACAUUCUGGCAAACAGAGUUCAGCAACAUCAGCACAGGCGCGCUGGAGUCGUGUGCGUUCCCACGCACACUUUCCAGCAAGACUUCGGACUUGACUCCCUCGACUGCGAAUAGAUCAACGACCCGACCAGUUAUCUCACUGCCUGGCGCCGGCGCGACCGUCGCACGGCUGCCUGUCCUCGUCGAGGCGGCAUGGGCGUUGACACUCUCUGCCUACCUCAACUCAGAGGACGUAGUAUUGGGGGUCGUGCGAUCUGGCAGAACCAUGGACCCCAGCCUCGCACACAUCGUCUGCCCUACAGCGUCCUUCGUCCCGCGGCGGUUCCAGCCGAACGACGGGAAAGAGGUGUCCGCAUUCCUGGAGGAAGCGAGCGAGAAAUCCGAGGCCGCUACACCACACGAGCAUGCUGGAUUGGCUUGGCUGCAGGAGACUGUCCAGAAUCAGACCAGGAAGAAGGCGACGCUGAACCACUUGGUCGUAGUCCAGACCGAAGAGUUGAUCUCUGGGACAGCGACAGCCGGCGGGCAAACGUGCCUCGAGGCCAUCGGACUGAAGCCAGCCGUGCCCAGCGGAGGCGAUGCCGGCAGCGAGCCAGCGUCCCCGUUCCCCUUUGGCCUCGUUCUUGAACUUGUUGUCGUGAAAUCCAAGGGAUCCCGGAGCACUCAGAUCCAGCUGUUGGCCUACUACGACAACCGACAGAUAAGCGAGGUCGUGCUGCAUCGUGUGCUGUCACAUUUUGAGCAUAUCCUCACACAGCUCAUAGAGGCGCCUCGAGGUACUCUGCUCCGAGACAUCGGCAUUUGGAGCUCUCAGCUCCUGCGCGACCAGAUGCCCUUCGUCGACGCCGCGCCGCCACCGCCCCCCGUCGAGAUGUGUGUCCAUGAGCUCAUCGGCCAGCACUGGGGUCAGGACUCGCCUCAGGCACACGCUCCAGCGGUUUGUACAGCACAGAACAACACGAUCCUGACGUACAGAGACCUGGACACGUGUUCUGCUCUGCUAUGCCAUCGUCUUCUCCACGACGGGCGCUUGGUCAAGCAGCAGAGUUCGUUUGUUGGUGUUCUCUUUAACAAGUCUCCCUGGACGGUGGUAGCUAUGCUCGCCAUCUGGCGCGCGAGUGCUGCGGUGGUUCUUCUGGACGCCACCCAGCCCAGAAGUCACAUUCUGAAAAUCUUGAACAAAGCCAAUGUUGAAAUACUCCUUGUCACGCCCGAGACACGACAAAUCGUGCAAGACCACCCCGCGGUCCUGAUAGUGGACCAUGAAUCGCUAUUCACGCCCGUCCCAGAUGAGGAUGUCGUUAAUAAAGGUCCAAGAAAACCCUCAAAGUUCGGCGAUCCUUGUUACUGCAUCAUGACGAGCGGGUCAACUGGCGAGCCCAAGGGUGUCGUCGUCUCGCACAGCGGCAUCGCAGCCAGUGCCGUGCAUCACGGCCGUGCCACUGGUCUGUCCACGUCCUCUCGGGUGAUCCAGUCCUCGUCGUACUCAUUCGACGUCGCCAUCGACGAGAUAAUAUCCACCCUAGUCCACGGAGGCUGCGUCUGCGUGCCCAGGGAGGGGGACGCCCAGGCCCGCCUGGCUGAAGCAAUCAGCGAGUUGGACGCCAACGUGGUGUUACUGACCCCCGGAGUAUUGGAAACUCUCGAUCGGGCAGCUGUCCCGAGCCUAAAGACCGUGGUUGUCGGUGGCUCUUCGCUAAGCGCGUCCCUGCGCAAUGCGUGGCAGGGCCGCGUCCGCUUACUCGUUGCCUAUGGGCCUUCUGAGUGCAGCGUCACGGCAUCGAUGGACACUGACAUAAGUGGGAAGCCUCUCAAUACGAUCGGAACGCCCGUGGGAUGCAGAGCCUGGGUGCUCGGGUACACAGGCAACGAAGAUGGGGACGCCAACCAUCGACUGCGACUUGCUCCGUUAGGCAACGUCGGGGAGCUCGCAAUCGAGGGCCCCAUCCUGGCUCUAGGCUACCUUGGUGACGCAGCGCUCACGUCUGAGAAGUUCAUAUCAGCUUCUCAUAUCUCAGGAAGGUUCUGCGAGUUCACGGGCUGCCCACCCGACACGCGGCUAUAUCGAACCGGCGACUUGGUCAGGCAGGAUUCGGCUGGAUCAUUGCUUUUUGUUGGCCGGCGAGACAACCAAGUGAAGGUACGGGGGGUACGCGUGGAAGUGGAGGCUGUUCAACAGGCUAUCCUCCAGUCCCCUGCCGCCGCAAACACGGUCGGCGAUGCUGUGGUUACGGUCCCGGGCAAAGGUCAUCUGCAGGGCCGCCUUGUGGCUGUCCUGCAAUUGCGGCACGAGACAACCACAUCUACCUCUGAGCCUGCAGGCGGCAUGAUCAUCGGGGAGUCCCCAGAGUCCGAGGCUAUCAAGAGGUAUUUGUCAAAGCAACUGCCAAGUUGUCACGUCCCCGAAGUAUGGGCUUCAGUGACGCGCAUGCCUCAACUUCCGUCUUCGAAGGUGGACAGGGCCGCUAUCCGACAACAGCUUGAAGCCAUCCGACACAUCCCGCGCACCUUUACAGGUGUCAAAGCAAAGUUUAGAUCGAAGACGUCGUCACAGAAGAUACUGCGGGACCUGAUGGGCCAGAUCCUUCGGGAGGACUUGUCCUCUGCGCCCGGCGACUUGACCUUUCCACAGCUGGGUGGCAACUCGCUCUUGGCAAUGCAGCUUGUGAGACGGUGCAAAGCUGUGGGAGCCCCGCUCAGCCUUUCCCACGUCCUGGGAAACCACACCAUAGAGGAGAUGGCUCGGGAAAUGAACGAGUCGAGGGUGACCAAACUCGAGACACACCAGCAGCUAGUACAUGGAGUGCAGGCAUGGGACAUUGUUCCUCUCACGCCUGCGCAGCACAUGUUCUUUUCCAUUUACCCUUGGGGCCCGAACUAUUUCAACCAGAGCACUUACCUCAGGGUCAACAGUGCUGCCGUGGCAGUGGAGCAAUUGCAGGGGCACCUCCUUAGGCUUGUCGGCCACCAUGCGGCUCUGCGCUCGCGGUUCCUGAGACGACUCGAGCUUGAAUUCCCAGCGGCUGGUGCCUGGCAGUGGGAAUGUGCCAUCACGGACGAUGUCCCGGGCUCCCUACAUUUCCAAACUCACGUCGUUCGUGAAGGCCAAGAGGUGGACACCGUAGCUCGUAUCUCUGCCGAGACACAGCAGGUCCUGAAUAUCAGUGGUGGGCCGCUGUUUGCUGCAGCUGCGUUUGUAUUACCUGACGGAGCGCUGGACUUGCUUAUGCUGGCCCACCAUCUCGUCGUGGACGUCGUGUCGUGGGAUAUACUGCGCAGCGAUCUUGUGGUGUUGCUUUCUGGCGGCCUGCUUCCCUCAGCCACACCUCCACCUUUCGGUUCUGCGAACAAAGAGGUUGGAAAUGACUCAGAAGACGACCCAUCAUGCAUGCAAGAUGCUUACAAAUUCUGGGGCAUUGAUGAGACAGGCAGGGCUGGACGGGCAGCCACCCGCAGGCCAACAAAGUGGACCGUCAGCCUCACACCAUCGCAAACACUUGCCCUGUCGGCCAGUGUCCGUGGCAUCGACAGUCUCGAUGUGGGCGACGCCGUUGAAGCUGCGAUUGGUAGUGCCUUCUCCCAGAUGUGCCAGGCCUCAGGGCGUACUUCAAGCCCUCGCAUGGUUGUUGAGGAACAUGGACGUGGCAGCGAGCAAACCACAACGGUAGGCUGGCUCACAAGACUCCGCCAAGUCUCGUUGUCGGUCUCACAAAGUCCUGUGGUCGAGGGCAUAUGGAGAGCUCGGCACGGCCGGCUGAACAUCGCAGACCGCAAUCACGCCGCCACAAUAAAGACGGUGCCGUUUGAGAUUGUGCUGAACUACGUCGGGGACUCUUCGCUCAAUGAGGCCGAGUCCGGUCUGCUGUCUCGGUCCCCGCUCUCUGCAGCUGCGGAGAGAGUGGCGGACAUGGACCCUUCGCUUGAGUCCCUGGCCCUGGUCGAAGUAGUGGCUUCUCUUGGUGAGCCAGGCCUUGCCCUGAACGUGACAUGCGAUGGCCGGUUGAGAAACGUGGACCGCGUCCACGCGGCCAUCGAGCGCAGCCUGCGAUAUCUCUACAUGGACAUACCCGCGGCGCUGGCCUCCUCGGAAAUCCGCCAGAGCUUGCGUCUGCUGCCAGUACUCGACUCGGACGACUACGCAGUCAGCGAGCGGCGUCGCGCCCAAGUCAACAAGUUACUGGGGCUAGACCACAUUGAUCAAGUACAGGAGGUCCUUGCAUGCACUCCUGCGCAAGAGCGGAUCCUUUUAGCUCAAGCCCGCGAUCCAAGUCACUUUCACAUUCAUGCCUCGUGGAAAGUCUCGGCACUUGAUGUAGGCGGCCCACUUGCACCCAUCGAUGCAGAUAAGCUGCAAGACGCUUGCAACGAGGUUGUACGGCAUCACGCAUCAUUACGGACAAGGUUCGUGACUCUCCCGGACAUGGUGUCUCCGUUGCAGGUUGUGCUUGCAAACCCGCCGGCCGGCGGACCUCUGCGAGUCCGGGCCCUCUCGGAUGGCGCAGCACAUAUUGAGCUUCAGGUUUCCCACGCAGCCUUCGACGGGACGUCUUCCGCCACAGUUGAGCGUGAUAUCGGGCUGGCAUACCGGGGAAAGCCAUUGGACAGAAAAAAUACGAACACGCUCCGAAGAUACAUCCAACAUGUCCGUCAGUCCAACAUGGAGGCUGCGGACGCGUUCUGGGCUCAAUACCUUGCAGGCGCCCAGCCUCGCUGUCUGCCUCGGAUGGGUCUGGUGCCGCACAAAAGCGAGCCCGAAUUUGGCUUCUUCGACAGCAGACUGAGCGCCCAGUUUCAAGGGUCCCUCGGUCCCUGGUGUCGCCGGUUCAAGGCGACAGCUCCGGCGGCUAUUCACGUCGCAUGGGCCCUGACACUACGCGCCUACACAGGCUUCGAAGACGUCAGCUUCGGUUGGGUUGCCGGUGGUCGCGACGCGCCUGUCACUGGGAUCGAGGACGCCGUGGGCAUGUUCGGAAGCCUGCUGGUGUGUCGGGUAACCAUGGGCUCCGGGCACAGACUCACAGACGUGGUUACUGCCACGGUUCAGGACAUGUUCUUGGCUUUGGAGCACCAGAUCGGCUCGCCCAGGUUGAAUCACCAGGGCCAGCCGCUAUUUGAUACUAUUCUGAGUGUGCAGACUGCUGCCUCAAAUCCUGCCGAUGAGGCCCUUAAGUUCCAAGAGCAGGACGGUGUUGAUCGCACCGAAUACGCUCUCGUGCUCAACGCCAGGGUCGCUUCCGAGACCGAGUUCCGCCUUACGUACAACUCGCACAAGAUUCCAGACUCGGUAGCACAAGCCAUGCUUUCUGCAUUCGAGAAGGCCAUGGGCUGUGUCUUGGCCAUGACCGGGGAUUCCGGGGAGACUGUAGCCACAACAGACCUCUGCUCCCCACUUCAUUGUCAACUGGCUCAAGCGUUUAACUCUCAGUCGGAAUUGUUCCUAAAUGGCUAUGUGGGAACUCAACCUGCGCAUACGAUCCCGUCCCUGUUCUCCAGGCAGGUUGAGAUACGUCCUGAUGCUGUUGCUGUUGAGAGUUGGGACGCCCGCUACACCUACGCCGAGCUUGAUCGCGCGUCCGUAGGCCUGGCCCGUCAUUUAUUCCACCUCGGACUGCGACGAGGCCAGAUCGUGCCUGUCCUCUGUGACAAGUCGGCCGCAGUCAUUGUGAGCUUACUUGCCAUCCUGCGUGUGGGCGCCUCGUGCGCCUUUCUAUCGCCAAGCGACGGCACGCAUAGACUGAGAGAUAUUGCUGUGGAUCAAAUCGGCGCCCAAGUAGUUCUGGCCAGCCCAAACCACACUGAUAAGGCUCGGGUACUCGGGUGCGAUAAUGUGGUGGUGGUUGAUUCGAAGUUGGUGCUUGAGCACGACUUCGCACCGAACGUCCGCACACAUUGCUCCAUGGACAAAAGCAUGCCCGAGGACGUGGCUUUCGUGGUGUUCACCUCCGGCUCCACGGGACGACCAAAGGGCGUCAUGUUGCCGCACUCAGCACUUUGCUUUAGCGUCCUGAAAUAUGGCCCUCAGCUCGGCAUUUCCGAACAUUCCCGCAUCUUCCAAUUCUCAGCAUACACCUUCGACGUCGGCAUCGGAGACAUGGCAGCUUCUCUCAUCCAUGGCGCCACACUUUGCGUUCCACACGAGCACGAAAGGACGAGUGAUUUGAACGGCGCGAUCGAGCGAUCCAAGUCAAACUGCCUGUUCAUCACGCCCUCCGUGGCCGCACUCCUCGAGCGCGAGCGGUGCAGCAGCCUUCGGAUCCUCGUCCUCAUCGGCGAACUGCCGAAGGCGGAGUCCUACCACACAUGGCGGGGCCGCGUGAGGCUCUUCAACGCGUGGGGUCCUGCUGAGUGUGCCGUGUUGAGCACCAUGCACGAGAUCAAGUCAGAAAUCGAUCCGCCGAGCCUGAUUGGGCGACCUGCGAAUUGUCGAAUCUGGCUCGUCCAUCCCUCUGACCCUUCUCGCCUUGUGCCCAGCGGAUGCAUAGGCGAGAUCCUAGUCGAAGGACCCAAUGUCGCAUAUGGUUACCUGGGCGACAUGAAGCGGGCGACGCAUGCUUUUCUCUCCCCCGACCAGGCACCCAGUGCUCUGCAGCCGCUGCCACCCGGCGUCAGGCUCUACUUGACGGGUGAUUUGGCGAGGUGCGUGCCGCAACGUCAAGGCCUGCUGUUCUUCGAGGCGCGCAAGGACUUGCAGGUCAAGCUCCGUGGGCAGCGGAUCGAGCUUGGCGAGAUUGAGUCGCACUUCUGCCAGCGGGCGCAAGAGGCACUGAGAAGUCUCGGGUUGGGCUUCCAUCGUCUUCUUGGUGCAGUGGACAUAUUCACGCAGCGCACAGGUGACAGAGCCCUCGUGGCGUUCCUGCAUGUGAUUCCAGCAAGUGAGACUGGUAGGUCCGGCGAGGGCGAGCAGCCUGUGCUCUGUGAGCUGUCGUCCUUUUUUGGCGUACAAGUGGACGAGCUUGGGUUUUAUGCGCGGCUCCAAGAGCAACUGCGGCAGGACCUUGCUGCGUACAUGGUCCCAUCGGCCUUCCUCACCCUCAGUGCUCUCCCAAGAACUACAUCUGGCAAGUUGGAUCGCACAGCGCUACGUGCACUUGCGCAGACACAUGGUGUUGAGCACUCGUCGUCCACCAGGACUCGGAGUCUUGCCCGGCCCGCGACCGGUAACAUGGUGACCUGUCCACGGCAACAACACCUUCGGACCUUGUGGUCUAAAGUCCUUCGGCUUGACGAAUGUGUCAUUGGCCUCGAGAGCAACUUCUUCCAACUUGGUGGAGAUAGCAUCUCAGCCAUACGCCUUGCCGCGGCCGUAAGACGCACUCAAGGACUGAGCCUGUCUGUUCUGAGCAUUAUGAAUUUUCCUGUGUUCGAACGGAUGGCGGCGCAGAUGCAGCAGGAGAGGGAUUCUGUCGUUGAAGGAGGGCCCUCCAAACCCGAGACCACGCUUGUGAACGGGCAUGUCUCGGUCGGCUGCGACAAGUACCAGUUCCCGGCCACGAAUACACAGGGUGCCAUGGUCCGCUUCAAUAUGGCACCCGGACGAGGGUUCAUGAACUACUUCAGUCUUCGCCUGGGACCCCGGACGACCAAGGCCGCGGUUGAUUCUGCUUGCCACGCCGUCCUUGCCCAUCAUGCCGUGCUGCGGUCAUGCUUUGAGCAGCAAGGAGGAUCAAUCAUCCAGCGCGUACUGCCCGAGGCAGGCGUGGCGGCCAUCGAGCAUCAUCGGUGCACAGAAACGGACGACCUGGAUGUCACAGCUGGGCUUAUCAUCAAAUCAGAUCGUGGCGCACCGUUGAAAUGGGGGGACUGCCUGACGCGUGUGUUUAUCCUCCGACAAGAUCGCACGGGUGCUUCGAGAGUCAUCUUCCGGCUGUCCCAUGCUCUAUACGAUGGCAUGUGUCUGCCUGGCCUGUGGCAGAAUUUCGCGAAGGCGUAUGAUGGGCAAAGCCUCGGACCCGAGGAUGCGCUCUUUCGAGAUUUCGCAAAGGCCGCGGCCGUUGUGUCAGACGAUGCGGUGAGAUUCUGGACGGACUUGUUGCGAAACUCAAAGAUAACUUCGGUGACAACUCGGUCACGCUCGGGGUUCACAGACAACCUCAUGACAGGCCGCGCGACCCGCGCCAUCCCUUCUGCGCACUUUUCCCUUUUCUCCGUGACACCGGCGUCGGUCUUCAAGGCCGCUUGGGCUGUGGUCCUGGCAGUUUUGUCCAACUCGGAUGACAUUGUCUUUGGACACGUCGUCUCCGGCCGAGAGACACUGGCACCAUCCAUGCUCAAGUCGUUCGGCGCAUUCCUGAACUUGAUACCAGUCCGCGCUUGCCCGGAGUCAUCGCAAAUGUCUGCCGCACAGCUUGUUCACGACAUUCACAGUCAACACGUGGCCACGUUGCCGCAUAACACCGUGGGCCUUCAGCAGCUCGUGCAGUUAGGCUGUGUAGACUGGCCGACAGACGUCCGGUUCUCGUCCGUUGUACAGUACCAGAACCUGCCGAGCGACUCUUUAGUUUCGCUCGAGUCUGGGCCUCUGGCUGCCGCGGAUAUUCGGGUGGACGGCAGCACAGGAGCUUAUGCCGAUCUUUGGGCCACAGCGACGCCAGUUGGGGAGUCGACGAACGUAGAAGUAGUUUUCGAUCAGCUUGUCGUACCCCCAGAGGUUGUGAACAACUUGCUUGAUGCUGUGCGCAUGGUGUUGGGCAGUAUGCAUGCUGAUAACGCAGCUACGGUUGCGACCUUGUGUAGCGUGGCAAAGGAUUGUUUAACCCAGAGUUAA